UUUGUUUUAUUUUAGUAGUAUUUUUUGGUGCACAUUGAAUCGCGUGUUAUUAUUUUUCUCUCAGUUUCUGUUGCUCUCCUAGGCUCCCAGUUUUUCCACCGCGUGUUUCUCGCUACUAGUCCACCACAACUCAACACAAAACAAAACAACACGCUUUGCUUUACGACUGCCUCCAUGCCAGACUCCACCACCACCGUCACUACCAUCCACCUGCCGCCAGACUCCACAGCACUCCGCCGCCACAACUCCAUCGCUGCCGCCUCACCGGUCAACAAACUCUCCCUCCCCGCCACUACGCCGUCGCGCACCACGAGCUUGGAACUUGUAUCAUUGAAAUCCCCCUUCUCCACCUCCUACACGUCCCUCCGAGACGUGCUCCCUUCCCCCAACUUCGCCGUGAACUCUCCCACCUCUUCCGCGUACUCCAGUCAAGAGAUUUCUAUCCGCAAUCGCCUGGUAAAACAGGCUGCUUGGGCCUACCUGCAGCCCAUGUCCGCCUCCCCCGGCGGCGCCUCCACCCCCCACUUCCUCCGCCGCCUCUACGCCGCCUCCCUCGACUUCAUCUUCCACCACUUGGUCCCCGCCGUUUCCCGAUUUUUCCGUCGAAUGUUCAACGCUAUCAGGAUCCACGUGUUUUGACAACCGACACACUCAUAUGAAUGAUUGAUAUUUAGUUCAGCUGCAAGUCCUUUGCUUUUGUGUUUGAUUCAAGAAUAGGAUAAGGAUAUGCUUCUGGUAUUUUUUAUUUUAUUUUUUUUAAUUACCGUAUAGGACUUCCAUAGCUUUGCGUUUCCCUUUAAUGGUUGUGGCCUCAAACUUAUAUAUACGAAUGAAUGAAUGAAUGAAAGAAUGAAUCAUCAAUUGAAGUGUUUCA